AUGGAACCAGAAGCUGAAGACCCAGACAACAAUGAUAACUUGGUCCCUUGGUCAGGUUCAGAUGGUUCCCAGGAACUUUGUGGUUCUUACAAUGAAGAUGAUGCCAGUGAUGAAGAGUACCCUUCAGACCCUCUACCUUCCCACAUCCCGAUGUCCGAGUCCACAGAACGCCUUCAGUCAGAAGACUGGGAGUCUGCAGGUGAGCAACAUUCCCUGCCUGAACUUAGCGGAAGUGAAGAGGAUAUUUCAUACCAAGAAGAGGAUGACUACCUUAGUGAAUCAAGGGAGUCCAUUACAGAGUCUCCUCACAUCCAACCCUCACCAACAUCACAGUCUCCACACCGACAGCGCCCUGAGUCCGAGCCUCACGCUGGCCAGAUAUCACGGCUGCAUUCCCAGUCAUCUUCCUCUUCUCUUGGCUGUGCAGCUGAUAUGACCCUGGCCUUGACCCUGACCACAGAGCAGCCUCUGGGAGCCAGUAAUAGGCAGGGCCCAGGGACUAGGAACAGGAGGGUUGAAUCAUCAGAGGAAGGAGGGAGUAGUGAAGCACCUCCUGCUUCUGUCUUCUUUGGAAUUUCAGACGAAGCUGCUGAGCAGGCAGAGAAGUGGAACUCGGAGUCUGACACAGAUCUGUGCAGACCGGACAGACAUAGGGCAAGGUCCACACGGCUCAGUCACAACGAGAGCCAAUCAGAAAGAAACGUCAAGGAGACCAAGUCCAAAUGUAAGCGAAUUGCUCGGCUUCUAACAGAUGCCCCUAACCCUCAAAAUAAGGGAGCCUUGCUGUUUGAAAAACGCCGCCAGAGGGUCAAGAAGUAUACACUUGUGAGUUACGGGACUGGUGAGAACAAGCUUGACAGCAAAGACCAAAUAGAGGAGGAAACUGAAGUCCGAUCAGCUGGUUAUAACUUUAUUGCAACAAGUGAAUCUGAAUUAGAAGAGGAGUAUUCUGGUUAUCACCAGCAGCGAAAUUUAAGUCUGAAUUGGGAAAGUGUUGGAGAAAUGGAAGCACUACCAGAAACAAAAGGAAAGGGUGUCAUGAUGUUUGCCCAACGCCGCAAACGGAUGGAUGACAUUGUGUCAGAGCAUGAAGAACUGAGGAAUAAAGGAUUACCGGUGGAGACAUUAACAGAACCCGAACGUACAGAAGCACAGAAUAUUUAUGACACUGAGGAAAUGUACGUGCAUUCUGAUCAGGCCAACUACAUGGAUGCAAAUCUCAAGCAGCAUGUAGAACACCAAGAAAGUCUUCAACAGAUGAACCACCUGUCCAAUGUGCCAAGACCCUUGGUGCCAAACAGAACUGCGAAGCCUUUCCUUGGAUUUCACGUCAGCACAACUACUCCUGCCUUGCCUGGUGGCGUUGUUCCAGUGACAAAGAAGCACGAACCGAGAUUUAGAGUACCUGUGCCUAUUAACACUUACCCGCAAGUUUGGUCCCCAACUGGAGACAUUAUAGCCUCAAGAGAUGAGCGAAUAUCUGUGCCAGCGAUAAAGACGGGCAUCCUACCAGAGUCUAAAAGGAAAGCCGCUAUUAAACAGCAAUCAAUGCUGGCACAAGGAUCAGAUCUUCACCUUCAAAACAAAGGGGAAAGGAGGUCUUAUAUUGAGACAGAGGAAGACUGUUUUAGUCUAGGUGCUGAAGCUUGUAACUUUAUGCAACCCAAAACAACAAAACUCAAGAAUCCCCCUCCAGUUGCCCCUAAACCUACAAUUAACCCAUCCUGCCCACCUUGGAUGGGAAGGAGCCCCUCUGGCGAGCCCUGUAUUCCACCAAGAAGUCCGGUUUCACAACCUUCUCACAGUUCUGUUGGGAUUCAUAGUCAGCAUUACUUACAGCAGCAAGAUUGGGCGCAGUCUCAACAGAUGGGCAACCAUUGGGCACCAAAUCAAACUCAGGCAACACUUCAAACACCUGCCAAUGCCUGGGUUCCUGUCAACUCCUCUUCUCAGCUUCAUCUUCAGCCAACCACAAAUAGCUGGAGUCAACAGCCGUCACAAUCCCCUGGAUUUGGUAGAAGCCGCUCCCUGAGUCUGCCCAAGAGACUGAAUUCGAUGCCUUCUCCCAGAGUUGGGUCACCUGCGAGCACACUUGGAAUCCAGUCUUCAUUUUUACCCGCACAGAGGCAAACAUCCUUUCAAGAAAAGGUCUACAAGCCACUGUCACCGUGGGAUGCGGCAUCCAGAAGCCCCAUUGGUUCAGUGGAUGAUGCCUUUGUGUUUCAGAGCCUCCCUUCAUCUAUUGCCUCUAAUGUCAAAGCCACAGCUCACCGCAGAUCUCUGCCAGAGCCUCCAGAUGAAUGGAAGCGCAGGGUGUCUCUUGAUCCUGCAGCUGUCAGUAUGGGUCGUUAUCAUGCGGCCCCAGCUUUUCAGGCACCUUUCAUGAGCAGGACAUUUUCACCUGAGAAACCAGCCUUCUAUGGGCCUCCCUUCAGACCUGCCCAGCCUCUGGGGCCUGACAGCAGGGCCAGUAUUGGAUACAUGGGACAUGGCUCCAGUCCAACAAAGUACUCUCCCUUGCAUAGUGCAGUCCAGAGAAGUUAAUACCACUAAGAUGAGACAAAGAUAAAUCUACUUUUAUAUUAACAUACAUGACAUAUGGUGUAAAGCAUAUUGAACUUGGAAUACAAAUGUUAAUUUGGCCCAAAGAGAUGGAAUAUGUUCGCUCUACUAUAAUGAACAAUGAGGUUGUUGGGACAUGGGUUGGUUAAAAUUUUUCCAAUAGGUCUGAGACUCAUGAGAGGCAUACUUUAGACAAUUUAGUAUGUUUGUUUUAAAUUGUUGAUGGGAGUGAUAAAAGUCACUAACUUCAUGGUACGAGUGGUCACUUGGUUUGAAAAGCACGACUCACUAUUGUGUUGAUGAUAAGAUAUAACCUUGCUAAGCAUUGAUGGGAGAGUUUGCAAUCGUGUCUAAGAUUCAAAAUCAUUAUGUUUUAUUUGUUUCUUUAACAGGCUGAUUUAGGACAGAACAGAAGUGGACCACUACAGUCAAGAAAGGUUUUAGCAACGUGUUAUGAGAGCUAAAAUGAACGUGCAGUAGAUGAAAGAAAUGUUUGGUACAUUGCUUUUUUAUAAAUGUAGAGUGGCUUUGCUCAUUUUUACAUUGUUGGUUAUAAAUAUUUAGUGGCAAUUUAAGAAUCGUAUGUGUGGAUAUUCAGUCAUGUAUGUUUACUUUAGCUUUAAAGUCAAUGUGACUUUGUGAUCACUUCUGCACAUCUGCAUAUUUCAUACAGCGAUAAGUUACCAUUACAGAUGUUACUCAUAUUGUUUUAAUGUCUUUUCUCUCACAACUAUUGCAGUGGCGAUGAUACGUAUAUUAAAAGAGUAAACAUUUCUAGUAAUCUGCAGCACUUUCUAGUGACUGCUUAGUUACAUACAGACUAUAUUCUAUUUGCUCUAAGGAAGCUACAGUGCAUUUUUAGGAAAGUGUUGCAUCUGAAUGUUGACCUUAUUUGAACUGAUAACCUACACGUGAUAUUUCGAAAUAGAUUUAAGAGGAAUAAAUGUUGCAUACAUGCAUGCAUACAUUCAUGACGUACCCCACCUUUAAUCAUACAAUGUGUGGUGUUAAAGUGUAAACAGAACCACAGAUUCUACCAUUCAAUAUGACUGAUGGAGUAAGGUUUCUUGCCUAAUUUGUGGUGGGCUUUUACCCUGUGUUUGAUGAUUUUCUUGAAUAAAAUAUUAUGUUGUUGCACCUUUUAAACACACACUGAAAAAUUAAAAGACAUAAAAAUGC